AUGUUCAGGAACGCUCUGCGGCAGUCCAGCCGCUCCGUUGCGGCCGUUUCGGCCACUGGCCGCGUCGCCUCGGUCCGCGCGGCUGUUCCCGGCCCCCUCGCCGGUGCCUCCAAGCAGGUCCGUUCCUACGCCGCUGAGGCCAAGGCCACUCCCACCGAGGUCUCUUCCAUCCUGGAACAGCGUAUCCGUGGUGUUCAGGAGGAGGCUGGUCUCGCUGAGACCGGUCGUGUUCUGUCGGUCGGUGAUGGUAUCGCCCGUGUCCACGGCAUGACCAACGUCCAGGCUGAGGAGCUGGUUGAGUUCGCCUCCGGUGUCAAGGGUAUGUGCAUGAACCUCGAGGCCGGCCAGGUCGGUGUCGUGCUGUUCGGUUCCGAUCGUCUUGUCAAGGAGGGUGAGACCGUCAAGCGUACUGGCGAGAUUGUCGACGUCCCCGUCGGACCCGAGCUUCUCGGCCGUGUCGUCGACGCUCUGGGUAACCCCAUUGACGGCAAGGGCCCUCUCAACACCAAGGAGAAGCGCCGUGCCCAGCUCAAGGCCCCCGGCAUUCUGCCCCGUCAGUCCGUCAACCAGCCCGUCCAGACUGGUAUGAAGUGUGUCGACUCCAUGGUGCCCAUCGGUCGUGGCCAGCGUGAGUUGAUCAUUGGUGACCGUCAGACCGGUAAGACUGCCGUCGCUCUCGACACCAUGCUCAACCAGAAGCGUUGGAACAACUCCGGCGACGAGUCCCAGAAGCUGUACUGUAUCUACGUUGCCGUCGGUCAGAAGCGUUCCACCGUCGCUCAGCUCGUCAAGACCCUCGAGGAGAACGACGCCAUGAAGUACUCCGUCGUCGUUGCUGCCACCGCCUCCGAGGCCGCUCCCCUGCAGUACCUCGCUCCUUUCACUGGCUGCGCCAUGGGUGAGUGGUUCCGUGACAACGGCCGUCACUCCGUCAUCAUCUACGAUGAUCUGUCCAAGCAGGCCGUCGCCUACCGUCAGAUGUCUCUGCUGCUGCGUCGUCCCCCCGGUCGUGAGGCCUACCCCGGUGACGUUUUCUACCUCCACUCCCGUCUGCUGGAGCGUGCCGCCAAGAUGAACAAGACCCACGGUGGCGGUUCCCUCACUGCCCUGCCCAUCAUUGAGACCCAGGGUGGUGAUGUGUCUGCCUACAUUCCCACCAACGUCAUUUCCAUUACUGACGGCCAGAUCUUCCUGGAGUCCGAGCUGUUCUACAAGGGUAUCCGUCCCGCCAUUAACGUCGGUCUGUCCGUCUCCCGUGUCGGCUCCGCCGCUCAGGUCAAGGCCAUGAAGCAGGUCGCCGGUUCCCUGAAGCUGUUCUUGGCUCAGUACCGUGAGGUCGCUGCCUUCGCCCAGUUCGGUUCCGAUCUUGAUGCCUCUACCAAGCAGACCCUUGCCCGUGGUGAGCGUCUGACUGAGCUGCUCAAGCAGAAGCAGUACUCCCCCAUGGCCGUCUCCGACAUGGUUCCCCUGAUCUUCGCUGGUGUCAACGGUCUCCUCGACUCCAUCCCCGUUGCUAAGAUCCUGCAGUGGGAGUCUGACCUCCUCGCUCACCUGAAGAGCACCCACCCCGAGAUCCAGCAGACCAUUGAGAAGGAGGGCCAGCUCAGCAAGGAGCUUGAGGCCAAGCUCAAGGAGGUCAUUGUUGCCUUCAACAGCUCUUUCAGCGCAUAG